GAAUACAAGGAAGCUUUUCUUCAUUUUGAUAAGGACUGCAGUGGCUUUAUUACCACAAAGGAGUUGGGGAAUGUCAUGCGCUCCCUGGGCGAGAACCCGCGCGAGGAGGACUUACAAAUGAUGAUCAACAGCGUGGACAUUGAUGGCAAGUAAAGCAGAAUCUCCGUUGUGAAAUGCUAUGUCGACACUGUCCGGAUAGCUUUUUGUCCUGACAUGAAUAGCUAUCCGGGUAUAGUACGAACGACAACGGCACAUGACUGUAGCAAGGCAUUCACUCACAUCGAACAUCGUAUCGGAGUGGUUGGCAGUGGUUUGGUAAACUAACCCCGAUACUCACUUUUGAUUAGUAUUUAUUGUUAUCAGUAUUUACUGCCGUCACAGUGGGUUCCAGUCCUCGCUCGGGGACGGUCCGAACCCUAUCCGGUAUGAUUUUCGUGUCAGCGCAAGAACUCUCCGGUCUACAGCGUUUUCACUCACGUGUUAAGCAGCUAUGCUAAUUUAUUGGAACAAAAGAAUACUUUUCUGUUGGUUUGGAACACCAACAUGGCCGCCGUUUCAUUGUUUUGGAACACCAAUAUGGUGGACUUAACGUCACGUGAAAACGCUCUAUAGUUUGAACUUAGCCUAAAGGAGGUCUCUGUUAAGAGCUUGGGGAAAGUACCUCACUAUUCAAUCACAAUAUAGUUUGAGCCCAAGUUUUUUAAAAUAAUAUAAAGUGCAUUGGUUAGGAAAUCAAUGAGAUGUUUAUGUUGUAGGUUUUUGUAGCUUUAUGUUGUAGGUAUUUUUGGACUUGACCUUGCACCGUGCACCAUGUACUGACCUAUAGUAUUCCUAACAUUUCAAAUAAACUGACCUAUAAAAACUACCCAUUAAAAAAUGCAGUCACGAUGUGUGAACCAAAGACAAAAGAUUAUGCUCGGUCAAGGAAUUCCCAACAUAAACUGCAUCGCCAUUGUUUUUUUCUUUGGUUUUUGCUGGCUUUCAUAACCAUUCUCCUCUAUUAACUGUUUAGGCAUGAUGAGGCCGCUGAGGGUUAUUAAAUUGCCAGUAAUAACUUCGUUAGGAACAAAAGUCAAUAAUGGACUCCUGGGUGCCUUGUCUCCCUAGAUUAGGUUCGUGCGUUCCGGAACGCCAAUACGAUCUCUGCGUUCCGGAGCGCACGAACCUAAUCUACGGAGACAAGGCAUUCAGGGGUCUAUUACUGAUUUUUGUUCCUUGCCAAGUUAUUGGCAAUUUAAUAACCCGCCUUUUCGCUUAAUUACAAGUUCAAACGUCUGUGGUAUGGAAACCUAUAAUUUUCUAUGUAGAAUUACAUGGCCAAAUUACUAAGCCCUUAUUUAAUGCCAAGGGUUGUCCGAUUUGUCUCAGGUAAUGGGCAGAUGGAUUUCGGGGAAUUUGUUAAACUAAUGGUGGCGAAGAACCAGUUUUCCUUUAACGAAGACGAGGCAUUGGAAGCGUUCAGGAUAUUUGAUCGCGAUGAUCGAGGUUACAUUAUGUCCACUGAACUACGGAGCAUCUUCCAAAUUAUGGAGGAAAAAAUUCCCGAGGAAGACAUCAGUGAAAUGCUACAGGACCAGAAGCACCAGUUUAACAGAAAAAUUACUUUCGAUGGUGAGUAA